CAAAGCCUAGGGACAAAUCCUAACCCUGUCCCCCAGCAUAUAUGCUCUAGGAGGUGCCAGGGAGUUGAUUCCUGAGGGAUGGUGGUGCGAUGCCCCAUGGGAGCACCAUCUUAAAUGAAAGCAGCCCAGGAUGCCUUCCUGAAAGGAGGGGCCAGAGGGUUAAAUGGGCCUUGGCUCAGUUUCCAACAAGGCCUCACAUGGAGACACCAGAGGAGGUACCAGUAUGGACCAGCCUUAACAGGUGAAUGGGGCUACAGAUGGAGUGCCCAGAGAUAGGGUGAGAGAGCCGGAGUGGGGAGACAGGGGCAGGGAGGCCUGGGCCUAUAAACCUGAGCCAAAGAGCAGGACGAUUGAUGGGGUGUGCACAAGAGGCAGGAGCCCAGGAUCCAGGUUGGCUGUGCACAGAUAGGCUGUGGGACUUUGGACCACAUAUCCUGGCAGGUCUGGACAAGGGGUGUACUCACAGGUAAGAUUCAGAUGAUCUUGGCCAAGGCCACCCCACAGGAAAACAAGACUGAUGACAGCAGCAACCAUUGGAAACACUUGCACACUUUGAGCUCUUACGUGUUCCAGGCUCUUGUGUAAGUAUCAUCUAAGCAUUCUCUCUGUGAGGACUCAGCCCCAGGAGGUCACAGAUAAAGGGAAAAGGCCCAAGGUGACACAGCUGGGGGCAGGGGUGGGACUGGAAUCCAGUCUUUUCUGAUGCACAAGUCCACACACUUAACCGGUAAAGUCCACAUGACAUAAUGAAGGUGAGGAACCCGGCUGGCAGCAGGUGUCACCAGGUGGGAGAGCCCGCGCCCUCUCCCUUUGGGCAUGGACCCUGUGACACUGCUCUGCCAAACACAGAGGGGGCCCUCAAAAAAGGGCUCAUUGGCUUGGAAACCCCUCAGUGAUCUCUUCCUCCAAUCCCCUCACUGCCCAGGUGAGAAACCAAGGCUCAGGGCCCAAAGUCACAGCAAGCGAGUGGCAGAUCUGGUCCAGGAGCCAGGACUCUUGGUUCCCAGGUGGGCUCAGUCCUUUACAGCAGGCCAACUCCAAAACCACCUCACCAGCCGUAGCCGUCAACUGACGCUCAGAUUCUCACCUGUGGAGGGGGCAUAUGCUCUCCUGGCCAGGUUGGAUGGUGCGAGGAGAUGACAGACAUAAAGUGCAGCAUCAGGUUGGACAUCCGGGUGAUUGGUUGUUCUGUCUUUCUGUGUCCCCCACCAGCACUGUAACUGCUUGUAGACAAUCCCGACAGGGAGAAUCCACUGGGGCAAGUUCCUUGCCCUGGGAAACAGCACCCUUUAGGCCCUAAGCACACGGCUGCAUCCCUCACAUGUAGGGUGUAACUCAAAGUAAAACCAGAACGCUAACCUGUAAAAUAACUGUGAGAAAGUCCAGCCACAUUUGGACAUUUCCUUUGAGGGGCUAGUUGAAUGGUGCUUUGAAAUAGCAAAGGUUGAAUUCUUUCAGGAAGUAUUCGUGGUGCCUCUGCUUUGCUGGUGACCCAGCACGCGCCUGGUGUGUGUGUGGGAUAGUCCAGCAGCUCCCGGCAGUGAAAAGCCAUGUGCCACCUCUCACGGAGCUCUCAGCGUCCCUACCUCCAUCUGCAGAGAGUUGGGAUAGAGCAGGGAGGAGGGGCACCUGGACUUUCGGCCUCUUAGGGCCCCUCUUGCUUUGGUCUUCUGCGUCUCUGCCCCUCAAACUCCCCUACUCCACCUCACCCACGACCGUCAGCCUUGACCGCCUCUCUGGGGGCAGAAGGGUCCAGGGUAGUGUAGUUUGCGUCACAGUCUUUGGGUGUGAGAAAAAAAACGUGACCAAAUUUAUCAGGAUGGGGUUCCAUUAACUAAUGGAUAACCUUCUCAAUUUGGGACAAAGGGGGUUCACUCUCUUGCUAGGUCCUGGGGUCUGACUUCUGGAACAUUAUUCAAAGGAGGGUUUGCAAUGCUGGGUGCCAGUUCUUGAUUUGGUACCUGCCAUAUGGAGACUCAGAUCAAAAUCUGAAAUAUAGAUUCACCUGAUGUUAUCAAUGAAAAAACAGAAAGAGAAAUAGAAAACAUUUGCUCUAAUAUUUGAAACUUGAACUUCUGGAUUCUCCAGGAAAUACGGCAUAAAAGAAAGAGUCCCAUCUGGGAAUUAAAGACCUGGCUUCUAGUGGUGGCUCUGCAGCCAGGCACCUGUGGCACCUGGAGAGUGCCUGCCCUUUCUGCGCCCAGUCUCUCUGGCCUUCAGCGGGGAAACUGGUUGGACUUGAAAAUAAAAAAAGGUUUUUUUCCAGUUUUCACAUUGGUCGUUUUAUGCACGUAAGGUGUUUUGAGGAGGGAGAGAAAUUAGAGGUAAUUCUAGGAAAAUCACAGGGACACUGCUCAUGGAAUCAUCAGGAUCAACGAGGCCAAUAUUGAUACCAAUAUCAACAUAGACUUGCCUGGAGUCACUUAGUCCAAGGGACAAGCCCAAAGUGGAGGAGAAUCUGUACUCCCCUCAGCUCAAACAUCCCCAGUCUGUGGGUUGAAAGCACUCGCUCUGGUUCCUAUGGGAGUUUUUUUGCCUUUCAGCAGCUAUUGCAAGCAGAUCUCCAGUUCCCGUCCAUCAGCAAUGCCUCCCAGGCCUCCCCAGGUCGCUUCUGAACAGGGACUAGGGAGGCCUGCUGGGUAGGGGCCAUGCAGUGGUUACAUAGGAGCACCUGCUGAGCUGCAGCAGCCAGUAGGGAGGCAAGUUCAAGGCAAUAACACAGAUACUGUCUUGGAUUCUCUAUUGCUGCCAAUUGUGGGAGAAUUCAUUAUCAGUUCAGACUCCAAUCAGGAAUGACUCUUCCCACCAAGAGCAUUUUCAGUGUUACUCCCUUCACUGUAACAUGACAAAGAGCCCCACAUCUGGAGACAAGAUGCAGAGUACUCAGAUCAGAUGGGGACAGGCAGAACCACUGCAUCAAGCAAACAAGAGAGAAAUGAGCCAUUCGCUGGUUGGCAAUUAUGGUGGGAAGACGGCAUGUUGCUGUAAACCUUAGAGAAAUCAGCCAUCCGUAGCAACGUGGUGACAAAGAUGUCAAUCUUAAAAACUUAAAGCAAAUGCCAAAAGAGAAAGAAGCUUGGGGGCCUGGUUUCAGAGAUAUGGUAUCCCCAAAGGACCAUGGGGGACCUGGAAAUGAUGACCAACAGAAGUUCUUCAGUAACACUUAACACAAUUGCAAUUAAAUAAUUACGUGAUUCAUUGCUAAUGUCUUUCUCUACCACUAGAAUUUCAGCUCCGUGAGGUUGGAGAGCUUCUCUGUCUUGUUCACCUUGCCUUCUACACACCCAGCAUAUAACACAUGGUUUUGUAUAUUGUAGGUACUUUUUCCAUACUUAAUUUUAAAAGGAAAGAGGAAAUUCUGGGAUAGGAUGAAGACAAAGCCCAUCGUCUGUCUUCUAGAGUUGGUCAUAAAUAAAUGUGGUUUCAUUAAUUAUACAGUGAUCGUUAUGUGAUUCUGAUUCCAGAAACACUGAUUGUCCUGGUUUCCAGAUGUGCCUGGUUCCCAGAGAUUUCUACUACUCACUUCCUGGGCAUCCAGCUUAACCCACCAUGGAGACUAUAGCCUGUAAUGGAUCAGAGGACUCCUCCACCAUCUUCUACCUUAUGGGCAUCCCCUCCCUACCAAAAUCCCUCUUCCUCCCUAUCUUCUUUGUCUUUCUCCUCCUUUACCUGCUCAUCCUGGUAGGGAAUGCCUUGAUCCUCAUGGCUGUGGUGGCAGAGCCCAGCCUCCACAAGCCCAUGUACUUCUUCCUGAUCAACCUCUCUGCCUUGGACAUCAUUUUCACCACAACCACUGUCCCCAAGAUGCUGUCCCUACACUUGCUUGGGGACCGCCUCCUCAGCUUCCCUGCCUGCUUCCUGCAGAUGUACCUCUUCCACAGCUUCUCCUGCUCUGAAGCCUUCAUCCUGGUGGUCAUGGCCUAUGACUGCUAUGUAGCUAUCUGCCGCCCACUGCACUACCCUGUCCUCAUGGCCCCACAGACCAACGCUGCCCUGGCAGCCGGUGCCUGGCUCACUGCCCUCCUCCUGCCCAUCCCGGCAGUGGUGCAGACCUCCCACAUGGCUUUUAGUCCUGUGGCCCAGGUCUACCACUGCUUCUGUGACCACUUAGCUGUGGUCCAGGCCUCCUGCUCUGACACCACGCCCCAGACCUUCAUGGGAUUCUGCAUCGCCAUGGUGGUGUCCUUCCUGCCCCUUCUCCUGGUGCUUCUCUCCUAUGCCCACAUCCUGGCCUCGGUGCUUCGCAUCAGCUCCCGAGAAGGACGCUCAAAAGCCUUCUCCACCUGCAGCUCCCACCUCCUGGUGGUUGGCACCUACUACUCAUCCAUUGCCAUAGCCUAUGUGGCCUAUAGAGCUGACCUGCCCCUCGACUUCCAUAUCAUGGGCAAUGUGGUGUAUGCUAUUCUCACACCUGUCCUCAACCCUCUCAUCUACACUCUGAGGAACAAGGAUGUCAAAGUAGCCAUCGCCAAAAUAGCAUGUCCCCGGUACCCAAAGAAUUCUGGGAAAGCCUGAUUCAUAGGUGGAAUGAUCUAUUAACAAACACCAACAACAAAAGAGAGAAAAGUGGAUAAUUCAGGCAGCCGGAUAGUUAGAAGAAUAAUUCUCAAAUACAGUCCGAGGUAUUCCUCCAUUGUAAUAAAAUCAUGAUUUUCUUUCCAUAACUCAUUGACAAAAUAGAUAGUAGUUUUCUAUUCACUUUUAAGCUGUGAAUCCCAAAUUUCACAAGACUGUGAAUGCAGUUGUGGUCAUAUUUCCAUUAACUCGAACAAUUUUGAUUCUUAGAAACUCCAAGUAUUUGAGUAGCAAGAAAUUCAGUCUUUUUCCUUGUAUUUCUUCUUUCAACAUCUCUAAAUGUCCCCGAGAAUGCUGACACAUAGAUAUGAAUCAGCCUCGCCCAUUUUGCUGGAAGAGCAGCUUAGAAAUCCCCUUCAAGGAAAAAGUCUGAAAUCACUACCAAAUUCACUGCCACUACCAAUAUUUCAACAUCUGGUCACACAGGAAAUUGACCCUCAUGGCAUCAUAAGUGUAGAGCAUGCCCUUCCUCUAGCCUAUGCUUAGGCAAGGGGUGUCCCUUAUCAAACCCAUGUGGGCACCAAAGCAUUACAGUUCUUUUCAUUCUCAGCUACACCAUAGUGUUCCCAUUCAUGACAAUGGGUAGCUAAGUAGAGAAGUUUUCCCUUAUUGGUAAGAUGCUGUGUCCAGGAUCCCCACUUUUUCUCAAAAUACAGUGUAGGGAACUCCUCUUUCUGGCCUCAGCGGCCAGCCCAGGCUCCUUAUUUCCUUCCCCUAUGCCAAAUUUCCUCUUGAAUACCUGUCAGGUUUGUCCAGUCAGGGACAUAUAGAACACAGAGUGAAAAGUGUCUGAGGGGAACCCAGGUGAUAGAUAUCCUCAUCUCUUGGCUCAUCACAGAUAUUCCCAAUAUCUAGGGUCCAAGUUUUUGCCAAUCAAGGUAUUGACUUUAACCAUUUUCCCGUUGCAUUGAUGAUGCAAUUCAACAACGGAUGUGAUUUGUUCCUGGACUCAGCUUUCAGCAGUCCAGGAGAUCCUGGUGGAGUCAGAAAAGGCUUCCAGAAUCAGAAUGACAAAAAGGCUCCAGAUUUCCUUGUAUACUGAUGCUGGGCGACUGGAACGGGGACUCAUGUUCCUCUAUCUGCAUUUUAUUCAAUCUGCAGUGCGGCUUUUCCUCAAUCCUUGAAGUUGACAUCUAGACCUCAGUGGGACCACAAUCCUCAAGGUCUAGAGGAGACAGCUUGUUAAGUCGCUUUCCCUCUGAGUUCCAAGAGCUAUUAGAAUUUAACCUGAGGACGUGGAGAUAAAUAUUUUUUUGCUCUCUACUCCACUACCACCCAAUAAACAACUCCAAAAGUAUCCCCACAUUACAACUGAAGUUCUGGUUUGUGCAACUUCUCUUCUGGUACCAAUUUCAGUUUCAGUUCAGGGCUUUGGUUUCCUGUGUUCCUCGAUGAGCCUCACGACAUUGUUUCAUCUUCAGCUCCCCUUCCAGACGGAUCAAUGAAUUAAUCACAUGGAAAGUGGAUUGUAGUGACAUGGAAUUCUAGGCUAGUUCCACCCCAACUCAUUAUUUCCUGUGGCUCCUCCUAAACAUUUUUCGUGAGUAGACCUGAAAUAAUAAUAACAACGACAAUAAUAAUAAUAAUAAUAUUUUUCACCUGUAGCCUCACCUGUUAAUUAACACGGUCUCUCUGUAUUUCCCAACUUAAAAACAUAGUUUCAACUUUUGUGCCUCAAAGAACACUAGCAAGAGAGUGAAAAGACAAACCACAGAAUGGGAGAAAAUAUUUG